CGGGACAUGCAAGUUUGCAAGUCGGCUCACAAAACUCGCGCCCUCUCAAAGAACCGUUUUGCAGGGAAAAGAGAGGUGUGUAGCUUUCCGGAGGUACCGCGGAUCAUGUCUGCAGACACAAAGGGUCCGAUUUUGGCUUCUCUCCGUCGAGCGCAGAAAACAGAAGGCACUUCCCCCCAAGACACACGACUCGGCUUUCCUCAGUCCGCAAAAGUUCGUUUUUUGCCCUUCCCUUUUUCUCCCCUUGUGCGUGUGGUCUUCAGCCGUUCCAGCCUCUUCUUUCGCGGCCCUUCUUCUUGUCUUCUCUGUCCCGGCAUUUUCUCGUCUUUUCGGGGAAAAGAGCCGUCGAAAAAUUCGUUGUCUGCUGCAAGUAAUCUCUGGUCGCGGAAAAGGCAUGCCUCCGACGUCCUUAAAGGUCGAUUUGUGUGUUUUUUCCAAUGCGGAUCAUACCUUUCUGUCGGACCCGGUGUUCUCGUUUCCGUGAAACAGCCAGUUCUCGUCUCGAAGUCGCUGUUCGCUCUCGCUAAGCAACACUGUCUUUCUCCUCCUCGUUCUCACGCGUUUGUCUCCGGCUCGAACCACAAAAACGUUUUCAGGGACGCCAGCACAGCGAACUGUCUGGACAGGAUUUCCUUCCUUUUCUCGUGUUUUGCCGCAUCUCGACUCCUCCCGCUGACCCGGUCUCUUGUUUCUUUUCCCCUCUCUUUUAGCAUGCACGCAGCCUUGUCUUUCCACUUUCGUUAAACUAACAGAACGUGUGUGUCACUUUUUUAGCGACGAAACUGGAGACCUCACCUCUCCCUCAACGUCCACUUCUCUCUGAAGCGCGACGAAUCCAGUACCUCCUUUGCCAACUAGGCGUCUCCUUCGUUUCUCUCUUACGAGUCCGUUUUCACUCGCUGCAUGCGCUCCCCGAGGCUCCGGACAGUCGGAGUUCCUUUUCCUGUUUUCCCCCUCUAAACACGAAACCGAAACUUAUCGCUUCUUCCACGCAUUCCACUCUCUCUUUCUCUGUUUGCAGCUCCUCUCUCUCUAUGCUGUCGUCCAGCGAACUUCUGCCUCGCGGCCAGUCUCUGGGAACCUGAAAGUCUCUGUUUCGUCGACUUGAGUUCAACAGUCUGGAUGGGAAGUCCCUGAACAACGUCGCCUCGACUUGAAUUGUGAUCCUCAGAGUACAGGUCUGCGGGGAAGUGAGUGCGUAGCAAGUGUGGGGAAGAAUAGGAGCACUGGGGCCUUUGCAUCCGAUACAAAACCUCCCCUCUUCUCAAGAGGCAAAGUUGACUACGUCACUUCAUUGCCGCAGACGGUCGCAGUUCGUGGAGACUCUUCUGCCUCCGCGAGAGGACGCGUUCCUUGGAAAUCCUUCUUGGAGACACACUUCUGUUUUCAUCGGAAACGAAAAGGAAGAUCUGUUUCGCAGCUCUGGGAGUUCGGACGUCGCGCGAGCAUCAUGCGACGUGUCUCAACUUGGGGUCAGAUCGCGGUGCAUCAGUACAGUUAGUGGACGCUCUUUGAUUUUUGCGAGCAGAGGAGACUCUGUUCUGGGGGCCUCGGAAGGAGACAGACGUACCGGCGACUUGCUGGAGUUCUUCCUUGGCUGAGAGCGUUUUCUCGCAGCUGGAGAGUCUUCAAAGAAGUCCCGACCCCUGCCAAACCGCGUCGGCACCAUGUCGAAAAUGUUCGUCAAGUGCGAAACGAAGAGCAGCCGCGUCAAGGGGCUUGCUUUCCACCCUUCUCUCCAGUGGAUUCUCGCGGCUUUGCACAACGGCACAAUUCAACUAUGGGACUACCGGAUCGGUUCUUUGAUCGACAAGUUCGAGGAACAUGAAGGUCCGGUUCGAGGCAUCGAUUUCCACUCGUCUCAGCCGCUCUUUGUCAGUGGCGGCGACGACUACAAAGUGAAGCUAUGGUCGCUGACGACGAGGAAGUGCAUUUUCACUUUUCUCGGUCACCUUGACUACCUUCGUACGGUCUUCUUCCACCACAUUUAUCCGUGGGUCCUCUCUGCAAGCGAUGACCAGACAGUGCGGAUCUGGAACUGGCAGUCUCGCGCAUGCAUUGCCGUCCUAACGGGUCACAACCACUACGUGAUGAGCGCGUUGUUUCACCCGUUCGAAGACCUCGUCGUGUCUGCGUCGCUGGACCAGACGAUUCGCGUGUGGGACACUUCAGGCCUCCGAGAGAAGACCGGCGGAGCGGGAGGCGCGCAUGCACUCGGGACAGGAAGUUUCUCUGCGCCCGGCACCAGCAGACCCCAUGCGGAAAUGUUCACUGCCAACGACGCCGUCUGCAAAUUCGUGCUCGAGGGACAUGAACGGGGCGUCAACUGGGCGGCCUUCCACCCUUCCCUGCCGCUCAUCGCUUCCGCGGCCGACGACCGACUGAUCAAGCUGUGGAGGUACAAUGAUUCGAAGGCAUGGGAGGUGGACACGCUCCGCGGGCACUUCAACAACGUUUCCUGCUUGGUUUUUCACCCGCAAAGGGAGUUGUUGAUCAGCAACUCGGAGGAUCGAACGAUUCGUGUCUGGGAUGUGAGCAAGCGAAUCGGCGUCCACACCUUUCGUCGAGAAAACGACAGAUUUUGGAUCAUCGCAGCGCAUCGUUCCAGCAGCGCUCUGGCUGUCGGUCACGACUCGGGGAUGGUCGUUUUCAAGCUGCACACGGAGAGGCCUCCCAGCGCUCUGCAUUCGCGCUUCCACUUCUACUACGUCCGCGACCGAGUGCUUUGCUUCCGCGACCUCUUGCUUUCUCUCCAACUUUUCCAGAAGUCCGGCGAGGGGGGAAGAAAUGCCGCAGGCGCACACGCUGUGGCAGAAGUCUCCAUCUGUGAAGUUCGGCGUCCAGCGAAUGCCAUGACGGCAGGGCCGAAGCUUCUUCUUGUCAACUCGCUCAACACCACGGACCUCAAUGCCCUGGUCAUCUACGCAGACGGGGAGAACGGAUUUGCCUACGACCUGCUCGUCGGACCGCUACCUCAGGCGGGUCUGCCGUACCCCGGAGGCCUCGAUACUCACACCGGGUCGUGCCACUCAGUGGCAUUUGUGUCUCGCAAUCGCUUCGCAGUGAUCGACAAGGCAGGCGCCACAACGCUGGGAAUUUACAACAUGAACAACGAACUUUGCAAGAAAGUCGAUUUGCCGUGCGCGGUCGAUCGGCUGUUCUUCGGAGGGAACAAUCGCGUUAUUCUCAAAUCGGAGGACAAGCUGCGUUUCUUCGAAGUUCCGACACGUCGGGUGUAUCCGGAGGUUCAGUGUGGAGGAGGAGGCAUUCGCGCCGUUUUGCUUUCUCCAACGGGAGAGCAUGUGAUGGUUAUUUCGAAGCAUGCAUUGACGCUCUUGAAAUUCGCGCUCUCCGACAAUGGCACGACAGAAGCAUCCGGAGGCUUCGAGGUCGUCUGCGCUGUCCACGAGAAUAUUCGCAUCAAAGGAGGUGCUUGGGAUGAAGACAACGGCGCCUUUGUUUAUUCCACGCUCAGCCAUGUGAAGUAUCUGCUCCUUAAUGGAGACCGAGGCAUCAUCCACUGCCUGAAUGAGGCGAUAUACAUUUUCAAGGUCCAAAGAGGCAUGUACUACUACUUAGAUCGGUGUGCGUCCGUCCACGUAGAACCUCUGAAUUGUCAAGAGUAUCUCUUCAAACUCGCUCUCCAUCGCCGCCAGUUCGACCAGGUCGCUCUGUGUGUGCGGAACGGACAGCUGUGUGGCAAUGCGCUCAUCGCCUACUUGAAGAAGAAAGGCUAUCCAGAGGUUGCUCUCGAGUUUCUCACCGACAAAAGGGCAAGAUUUCACUUGGCCCUCGAAGUGGGCAGCAUGGACGACGCGCUGGCGGCGGCCCAGGAGAUCAACGACAAGAGUGCGUGGCAAUUGUUGGGUCGGACGGCACUGCAGCAGGGUCAUGCGUCGCUGGUGGAGGCGGCGUAUCAGAAGUUGAAGGAGUUCGAGAAAUUGUCUUUCCUCUACUUCAUCACGGGACAUGUCGGAAAGCUGCGCAAGAUGUUGCGGAUUGCGGAGCUCAGGAAGGACUACAUGAGCAAGUUUCACAAUGCCCUUCUGCUCGGAGAUGCUGAGGAGCGCGUCCAAGUGCUCGCAGACGUCGGACAACUCGCCCUCGCAGCGCUGACUGCGAAGACCUACGGUUUGACUGCGCUGUACGACCAGCUGCGAGACAGUGUGAAGGACAUGCCUCUCGACGAGUUCUCUCCCGCAGUGCCUCAACUCCUCAUGCCUCCGGUCCCCAUUCUCAGGUGCACCGAAGCAGAGAGUUCUGUGUGGCCGUCUGCAGCCUCAGAAAGCGCCUCUGUCUUUGACCAGGCGAUGCGAGCGACAGCAGGGAUGAAGCCCGAGGUGGCGGGUGCCCGGCUGUACAAAGAAAUGGUCGAGGGCGCUGCGUCGGCGGUAUGUACACCAGGCUCGGGAGCUCCAGGACCUGCGUGGGAAGAGGCCGACGGGCAGGACGGCUUCGAGGUGGAUUUCGGCGAAGUCGGCGGGGGCGACUGGAGCGACGGAAUUGAAUUGCCUCCGGACGACGCAGGCGCUGCUCCUCUUCUCGGUAUGGACGCGUCCGGGCGCAAGGAAGGACUCGGACGCGCUGACGCUGCGCAGUUGUCUCCAGACUCCGCGACCUUUGUGGCCAAGCGGGACUCCCCCCACACGCUGUGGGUCAAGGGAACGCCGCUCGUCGCGGACUUGGUCUCUGCAGGCGAGUUCGGUCUUGCCCUCGACACGCUGCAGAGGCGGGUCGCACUGCGGAAUCCGGCGCCGCUUCUGCCGAUCUUCUCUCGCGUUUAUCAGGCAACCUGGGCGGCUCUCCCAGGCCUCCCGUUUGCUCCUUCGCUGCCUCUUCCCCUCAGCGAGACCGGGAAGGACGGAGGAGCUCUGAAGCCUCAUCGCCUCGUUCUCCCGACCUCUCUCAUGGACGACCUCCGGGAGGCGCACAAACUCGUGACAGCGGGAAGAUUUCAAGAGGCUCUGGGGUCGUUCAGACAUGUCCUUCACUCGAUUCCUCUCGCUGUCGCCGGCAACGCAGAGGAAGAACAGCAGAUCCACGAAUUCAUCGAAAUCGCUCGCCACUACGUGACAGGCAUGAUUCUCGAGAUGGCUCGUCUGAGUCUCGGCGAGGCGGAUGUGUCUCGAAAUAUCGAGUUGGUUGCCUAUUUCGCAUGCUGCAAAAUGCAAGCGUCUCACCUGUUCUUAGUCCUUCGACGAGCAAUGAGCGUGGCGUGGAAGGCACAGAACUUCGUCACCACGGCGGCGUUCGCGCGUCGCCUCGUCAACGGGAAUUUCUUGGCAAUCAAAGGAGCGCAAGAAGAAAUUACAAAGGCUAAGAAAGUUCUCAUGCUUUGCGAGCAAAAGGGCACAGAUGCGUACGCCAUCAACUUCGAGCCCAGCGAAAGCGAGAACCUUCUUCUCUGCACCGUGACGCUGAAUCGGCUGGUUCCUGGGACGGCGACGACGAGAUGUCCUUUCUGCAAUGCAACAGCGAAGGUGGAAUUCUCGGGCAGGCUUUGUCCUGUUUGUGAAUUGUCUGAACUGGGAGCAAGAGUGGUAGGUCUGCAGUUCCAGGCAGCUGCGUAGAACGGGGAAGAGUUGAAAACUAGUCAAACAGCGUCAGGGAGACGGUUUCCGCGCGCGACGAAGAGCUCUCAAAGUUCGUACAUGACCAUACAGGAUUUCUCAACGAACAGCUACAGAUUCAAGCACUUCGUAUCGGACAUUCUUCCGACAGUGUGCAUGUUCAAAGAGUGGAGGGCAGAACCGUGAGCGAUUUGCAUCCAGAAUCCGGUGAAAGUAUCGGAUUCAGAGUCAUCGAUGCAGUCUCACAUGUGCAUCUAAAAAAUUAUCUAUACGUGUAUAUGUGUAGGAGUGUGUGUGCAAAUAUGUGUGUACCUGCUGGGGCGUGGAGGUGGGGAAUUUGUGGUGCAAGGCGAGGGGGUGGGGAGGGGGGUGGAAAGUGUGAGUUUGCGGACCACGCCGUUUGGUGGAUUUUUUCGCUUUCGGUGAGCAUCUGUCCCGAAUUGACA